AUGUUCAACUACUUUGCUACCGUUGCUGUUCUCGCUCUGGGUGCUAUUUCGAGCGCCACUGCCCAAGCAUCCAUUGCUGCAAAUGGAAACACUGUCCAGAAGCCGCAUAACUUUGCCAGGAACAAUGUCGAGCAUGGUCAUGCUGGUUACCACGUAGCCAAGCGCUGUGGUGGCUGGGGUGUAGGCGGUGGCUGUGGUGGCUGUGGUGGUUUCCCUUUUGCAGCCAACACUGUGAAUGCAUUUGACCGCAACGCAUUUGCUGCCAACUGCUGCGACAACACUGUCUUUGCCAAUAACAAAAAUGCUAAUGUAGUCUGCGACAACGUGCAUGCGCUUAAUUCUGCCAACGUCAUUGCGUAA